AUGGGCUGCUUCUCCAGCCGCGUCGAGGCCCCGACCGAGGAGCUGCCCGGCCCUCCCGCCGUCGAACUCGACGCUCCGACGCCCGCCGACACCGCCCCGCCAACGCAGCCGGCGGCCGCCCUCCCCUCCGCCACCGAUCUCGGCGUGAGCGAGAAGAAGCUGGAGCUGUGGCGCAAGCGCGGCGGUGGCGACCUCGAGCCGGUCCUCGCGAGCGGCGCCGUCGCCGUCCUCGACGCGCAGUGGGUCAUCAGCCACGCCGAGGCGGGCGGCGUCCUCACCCACCGUCAGGCGCUGCCCAAAGAGGCCUUCCUCUCUUUCGCCGACCUCGUCGAGGCGACCGACGAGUAUCACCUUCCCGUCGCCGCGCUCUCCUACCCGUGGCUGACCAAGGACCACCCCGACCCGCGCGGAGCCAACCUCGCCCGCGUCGCAAGGGCGCUGAAGGCCCUGCUCACCUCUCCGUCCAUCCCGCGGCUCGGCGUCUUUUGGGACUUCGGCUCGCUGCACCAGCACCCCGACCCCCCCAACGGCGUCCUGCGCACCGAGGAGCAGAACGCGCUCUUCAAGCAGGGGCUGAGCUGCCUCGGCACGCUCUACUCCCACGAGCACACUUGCGUGCUGCGGCUGACCUCCUUCCCGGACGGCCACAAGGCGGAGGAUCAGACCGAGGGCACCAACGUGGCCAAGUACUUUGACCGCGGCUGGUGCGCCACCGAGAACGCUUGGGCGGGCCUGACAAAGGCUGGCUACCUCUCGCUCGACCUCGGCAAGAUGCGCGCCGGCAAGGAGUACGACUGCGACAGCCUCCGAGACGACUGCACCCAAGGCGGCGGCCGGCGCCCUCCGCUGCUGCCGUCUGCGUUCGCGGCGGAGCUGGAGUCGAAGAGCUUCACCAACGGCAAGGACGACAAGCCGCUGGUGAAGCAGCUGUACGAGGCCGCCUUCGAGGAGCAGUUUGGCAAGGCGACCGCGCUGCACUACGCCAACCUCGGCUGGGGCGACGCGGAGGCGGCGCAGCUGGCGGAGGCGACCGACGAGUAUCACCUUCCCGUCGCCGCGCUCUCCUACCCGUGGCUGACCAAGGACCACCCCGACCCGCGCGGAGCCAACCUCGCCCGCGUCGCAAGGGCGCUGAAGGCCCUGCUCACCUCUCCGUCCAUCCCGCGGCUCGGCGUCUUUUGGGACUUCGGCUCGCUGCACCAGCACCCCGACCCCCCCAACGGCGUCCUGCGCACCGAGGAGCAGAACGCGCUCUUCAAGCAGGGGCUGAGCUGCCUCGGCACGCUCUACUCCCACGAGCACACUUGCGUGCUGCGGCUGACCUCCUUCCCGGACGGCCACAAGGCGGAGGAUCAGACCGAGGGCACCAACGUGGCCAAGUACUUUGACCGCGGCUGGUGCGCCACCGAGAACGCUUGGGCGGGCCUGACAAAGGCUGGCUACCUCUCGCUCGACCUCGGCAAGAUGCGCGCCGGCAAGGAGUACGACUGCGACAGCCUCCGAGACGACUGCACCCAAGGCGGCGGCCGGCGCCCUCCGCUGCUGCCGUCUGCGUUCGCGGCGGAGCUGGAGUCGAAGAGCUUCACCAACGGCAAGGACGACAAGCCGCUGGUGAAGCAGCUGUACGAGGCCGCCUUCGAGGAGCAGUUUGGCAAGGCGACCGCGCUGCACUACGCCAACCUCGGCUGGGGCGACGCGGAGGCGGCGCAGCUGGCGGAGGUCCUCGCGAGCGGGGCAGCGCCGCGGCUCGAGACGCUCUUUCUCCGCGGCAACAAGAUUGGCGACGAGGGCUGCAAGGCGCUGGCCGCCGCCCUCAAGGAGGGGGCAGCGCCGCGGCUCGAGUACCUCGAUCCCUACGAUAACGAGAUUAACGACGAGGGCUGGAAGGCGCUGGCCGCCGCCCUCAAGGAGGGGGCCGCCCCGAGCUUGAAGGCGCGAGACGCCCCCCCUCGCCACACGCCCCUCCCCCGCCCAAUGCUCAUCGCACCUCCCCUCGCGGAGCAGCCUGAGCUGGUGCCC